AUGUUAAUUACACAACAAGAUUUUCUUAAUUGGACUAAAGAACGUUAUAAUAAACCAAUUACAAUUCAUAAAUAUAUAAAACAAACAACAAUUAAUUUAGGUCCAAAAGAUGUUUGGAGAAAAUAUUCUAAUAAUAUUUUAAUGAUUGAUAAUUUAAUGAAAUUAUUAAAUGUUAAAGAAGAAGUUUUAUUAAUUAGACAUUUACUUCCAGUACCUUUAUUUCCAUCAAAAGGAACGACAGAUUAUCCUUUAAUAAAUGUAGGUGAGAAUAAAGCACAAUCAACAACAUUUCAUAUAAUAACAAAUUAUCAUCAUGAUGCUAUUAAAUUAUUAAAUGGAACUUUUAAUUUAAAUACUUGGGUAUCAAUGAAAACAUUAAAUUAUCUUUUUAAUGAAUUUCCACUUCAAGGUUCUGGUAUACAAGGAAUUUUUGAUGAAUUAAUUUUAACAAAUUCUAAUUCUGGACUCUGA